GAAUAUCGUGAUGGCGGCUGCUCGUUCUGUCUUCUCGUGUCGGAGCAAAAUGUUCAUCUUAAAAGUAACUUGACGCCUAAAGUUUCGGUGGCUGGAGAUCGCCGGAGAUCGGAUUCCGCAAACCACAUUGAUGUCGAUUAAUGUCUUUCCUUUUUGUGGCUGUAUGAAGUAAGUUUCUUCCUGUCCUUCGUCCCACCAUCUCCAUCUAUAUCGCCGUUGAUAACAACAUGAUUGUAACUCGAGAACUAAUUAUCAAGCGCCCACCUUUGGACCGUCACGUGUCAAAGGUCAAGAUCAGCGAGGGGCACAUGACGUUUGCACAGCUGACGGAAGCCGUGGUGUCGCGAGGCUGUGGUUCGGAGCGCAGCUUGUUGCUGCUGCUGCUGGAGGGUCGGGGACAGGCGGUCAGCGAGAUGGUCAUCUGGUCAGUGCUCGACCUGCUUCUCUAUCUGGCCGGCCUGCUGGUCCGGCUGGUGGAGCCAGUACUUUUUUUGUUGGUGAGCUGCUAUGACGAUUACGUGUACUCGCCGCUGCAAGCGUGGCUGUCGCCCUUGGUCCAGCGCGUGCCUCGAGAGGUCAAGCUCGGGGACAGAAUGGUCACUGUUUUCACGGCCAACAUCGUAUCCUGGGCGAGGACAGGACUGGUGAUACCAAUAGCCUGCGCACUCAAGUAUCAGCUCCACUGGACGGGCUGUCUACUUAUCGUCCUGCACGACUUUCUGGAUCACGUGGACGGCAUCGUUGCCAAGGUUCACCGGCGUGUUCAUGGCAACGUUGACGAUCCUCUGCUGGGUGGAUUCAUGGAUGCCUUUUGUGACAAGAUCGUGAAUGUGCUGACCUUGUGGAGUGUGCUGAUGGUGACGGACUUCAGUCACAUGACCUGGCCUCAUUUGUUUCUCUACGUCACACCAUGUGCCGUCAUCAUAGGAUAUGAGUUUACCCUGGGAGUAGUUCGCGUUCAGGAUUAUUUCUACUCUUACUACAUGCGGGAGUUUAAACAGAAUGACGAUGGUGCCAGCUCUGAGUCCACGGCAGCAGUCAUGGAGGGCAAGCUGAAGGAGAAGCUCGAGUCCAUGGGCCUCGCAUUUCUCUGCCUUGCCCAGGGGACGCCAGUAAUCAUGAGAAGUGUUUCUGGGGUAGCAGGAAUCGCAUGCCUUAUCCUCUCAGUGCGACUCGCGCAUGCCAGUCUGGCCCGGAAAUUGUCGGCGCGAAAACAACGGAAACCAAUCAGACAAUCAAGUGGCUCCACCGUCGGCAGCUGUUUGCACCACUUAAGGACACGACGCACGACAGGUGUGCAAGUGGACCUCCCGCCCGUCGACAAGGAGUUCAUUGGCUUCAAGAAACAAUCGUCACCAGACAAGUACAUCAAAGAUGACCUAGCUCCCUUCACACGCAGCAUGUCCGUGCCGACUGGGGUGGAAGGCUUGGUGGACAAAGUCUACACUGUCGGGUGCUUCGACCUCUUCCACAAAGGUCACAUCCGCCUCUUACAGCGCAUGCGCUCUAUUGGUAAACAGGUGAUUGUAGGUGUGCAUGACAGCCGCAGCAUUUACAUGCUGAAAAAGCGAGUUCCAGUCGACAGCACAGAGAAGCGAAUGUUGAAUGUCAAGCAGUAUGCUGAUGUGGUGUUUUGCAUCGCCGGCACCGACCCGUCCACCUUCCUGGCCUGCGCUUUUGCCGGGCGCCAGGAAACCAGUCUUUACGUCAGAGGGGACGACAUGCCUGACUUCCCGGCCCGCGAGCUGUGCGAACAACUGAUGCCCGUAACCUUUCUGCCCUACACCCCCGGGGUCAGCUCCACCAAACUGCGCAAGGAGAUCUACAACAGCAGCCAGAGUGACCCCCGCCUCGACCUGGACGCCAACUUGUUCUACUGACAGAUGGCCGCUUCACUGACCGCGACUCGUGCACGUCCGACCCUCAGGCUUGUCAUCGGGGAUGGAGAGGUAUCUUGAAUGAGAUCAAAGCAGUUCUCGAAAAUGUGCUCUCAGCAAGGGUGUGCUGAACGUCACCAAGGAGAGAACGAUUACCACAAAGAAUUUGAAACCUAGCCGUUGACAUCCACGGGACUCGAUCGGCAGUCAACGGGACUCAGUAAAGAAGGACGUGUAGAUGAAGACUUUGUAGUCCGUUAUAGUCAAAAGUUUAUCUGAAAAUAUGAACGGAAAGGUACAGACGUUGUGAUAUAUUAUUGAAAAUAUUUUAAUGAGUGUUGAUACUCCUUAAGGACAGAACAAGCUGCGGCUGUGAUGUGGGUGUGACUGGUGGGUGUGUGUGUGAGUGGUGCCAUGUAUAUAUAUAUAUGUUUAGAGUGGCUGUAAGUAUACGAGUGGGUGUGAACUACAUGACUUUCUUUAAGGACAGUUUUUGAACAAAUUUUUCACAGCCUGUGAAACACGUUUCCUCUGUGUUAUAUAGUUUAUUACUUGGCAGCUAUUGCACAUGUCGGAUGCAAAUUACGAAGAAUAAUAUAUUUUUCUAUGAAAGUAAUCGCCUUAAUUUAUAUGAAACAUGUUCCUGGCGUGAAUGUUAUCUUACUAAUGCACGCCUUUCCCUGCUAUAUUUCAUUGACAUUAAAGAGAAGAAAAUAUAUUUUGCUUUAUUCU